AUCAUUACAUUUUGGUUUGGUUCAGUACUGAACCAUAAUAAUAAAAAAGUCUCUUCCCCUUUGUUUCUCCACUAAAGCAAAUAUAGUAUGGAACUGCAACGACUAUUGUUCAGUCCGUACCACUUUAUCUUGGCUGACAACCCAUUACCAGAAAUCAUGAAGCAAGAGUACUACCAAAGCUCUGAGCAAGCAAAGGAAUGUGAAGAGGAAUGUAGCCACGUUUCAACUGAACUAACACUUUCUUCUUGUGAGUUUCAGAAUGAAACAAAGAAGUUUCAAACAAGAAAAACUACUUUUUCUUCUUGUUGUACCCCAAGAGAAGAACUAACACUUUCUUUUGAGUUUCAGACUGAAACCAAGAAGCUUCAAACAGCCGAAACUAGUUUUGCUACUAUUACUACGCCCACUGAACUAACACAUUCUUGUGAGUUUCAGACCAUAACCAAGAACCUUCCAUUUCAAGCAAGCGAAACUAGUUUUUUUACUACUAAGCCAACUGAGGAGUUAGUCAAGUUCUUGAGCAAUAACGAUGAUCAGUACCCAGAACAAGAAGUUUCAACGGCAUUGAAGCUGUGCGAUGAGUCAUGGAUUUCCAAGAAGAGAAAGAUAGCUGAAAAGAGGCAUUCGGGUGGUUCAAGGAAGCUGAUCAAGCUUUCUGAUGAUCCUUGGAAAAUCAAGAAGAAGCUCACGGAGAGUGAUCUUGGGCAUUUGAGCCGGCUCUUGGUGCGAACAAGUUUGGUUAAGAACCAUGUUUUGCCAUUCUUGGGUGCUGAUUGUGCUAGAGAGGUUGAGAGUAAAGGCAUCCGAGUUAUAGUUUGGGACAAAGAUACAAAGUCCAAGCACCAGUUGGUUUUCAAACAGUGGAGAACAUCUAAGAGUUAUGUUUUCAUUGGAAUGUGGCACCAGGAUUUUGUUAUCAGGAGGGAGUUGAAGCAAGGUGAUGAGAUUGGACUUUACUGGGAUUCAAAUACUUCCAUGUUCAAUUUUUGUGUUCGUCAACGGGCUCGGGUGAAACAACUAUCUAAAACUUUUUCUGUAUCUCCGGGUUAUAAGAAAAGGAACCAUGUAUGCUUUUAGUUCAGGUCUAAUGUAACAUUACUUGUUGGUUUUAUUACAACUAGCUAGAUAUGUAGUUUAACAGUUCCUCAUUGUUCUAUUUCAUU